AUGAAGGUGAUCGAUCCCUUUCAACAAGACUUUCCAGCAACAUUUAUUAAUUCGUCAGCUAUCACGGUGGCCGUCGUGCCAGAACUCCUGAACCAGCUGCUGCAGUUCAAGGUCAACGCCCUGACUGACACAGGAUCGUUCAACUUUGUCUAUAUGUACGAGGCGCAGUCCGUGCCCACCAGCGGCGGCACGAUCACACUGCGAGGCAAGUCGCUCAGCUCAGGCUCAGGCACUGGCAGCACGCUCACGCUUAAUAACACGGUGGACUUGUCCGAGACACAGAGCGCCAGCAACACAAACGGAACUUUCGCCAUGUUCACAUUCCCCCAAGCCACCGCCGAGACUCUGUCCGGCAGGAACAUCCAGGUGGGCUUGAACAUCCGUGGCAGACAACUCUACUCUGACCCGGGACAGGUUUAUUUCAGCAAGGUGACAAUGUCAUUCCAGCCACCAACAUUGGCCAACGUCAACUUUGAUUAUACCGCCAAUCAGUUGUCUAUUAUUGGAACCAACUUUGGUGCCAAUCUGGGACAGGUCUCAGUGACCUGUUCGGGUGAGACAUUGAAGCUCUCAUCUUUUAUCAAGACUCACACUCAACUAUUAAUAUCCAACAAGGACCUUUCCAACUUUAUGAACAAGACCUUCAUAUCCUCUGGUGAAUUUGGUUGCAGCAUAACCGUUGUUGGUCAGACUGGAUCGAACAGUUUCAAGUUAGUUCCCCAGAUUGAUAGUGUGACAUCAACAUCCAGCGCAACAGGUGGACCGAUCACGAUCUCUGGAAAGAGACUUAAUUAUGUUAGACCAAAUGGUACCGUGUCAACGAUUGACAUUAAGAUUGGAUCAUUUUCAUGUGAAGCCACGUCAACAGAGGUGAUCGGCAACGCGUAUAUUAUUUGCAGAAUGCCAAAGACCAGUGACACCAACAUUUACAACUUGCCAGUGACUGUCACCAUCGAUGGCCUGGCAUCAUUGAGCAACACCAACUUCUCAUACGACUUGCCCAACGUGCUCAGCAACAGCCAGCUGCGCGAGAACCUCAUUGUGAAGGGCUCGCAAUUCGGCACAGACCUGACCAAUAUCAAGUUCUUCUUCAACGGCACCCAGGUCCCUAUCGUGCAGCUGACCGACGUCGUCAUGGUGGUGCAGCUGCCCAGCGACAUUAAGGCAGGCCACUACACCAACAGCUACAUCAUCAAGUACCAGUCGGCCAAGACCAGCACAUUCGCCGUGGAUGUGUCGCCAUUCAUCAAGAAUGUCAGCCAGCCACCCACUGGCGGCGGCAUCGUCACGAUCAGCGGCAGCUACCUCGCUUCCAACCUUGAUGUCAACGAGUACAAUAUCACAUUUGGCACUCAGCAGCAGUUCACAUGCACCAACGCGUCAGGCAUCGACAGCCACACGAUCACCUGUCUCGCCGGCCCCGGCACUGGCGGACAGAAUCCCGUCCAAAUCACGCUCAACUCACAAUCAAUCUCGUCGCUCAACAGUCCCGUAUACCUAAGCUACCAAUCACCGGUCAUCCUGUCCAGCAACAGUGUGUCAUCAUAUGGCGGUGACCUAACAAUCAGUGGCGACAACUUUGGAUACACUGGCGUCAACUCUAGUCUUCUCUCAAUAUUCAUUGACAACACCAAAAAGUGUUUCAAUCCCGUUGCCCUGGACGCUGCCACCAUCACCUGUCGUAUGAUUGGCGGUCAAUUCGACCUGCCGCCACCCGAGAACACAUUCAACAUCACCGUGACCGUCCAAGGUCUAAAGGGUACAAACAACACCUUCACUCUUGACAAUUCGAGAUAUUAUCAACUUGUCAAUGAGGAAUAUAACAAAGAACGUGCAGAGGAUGAAUCGAAACAGAUGGGAUUGGUUGGAAUUGUGUUGCCAGCUGUUGUACUUGGAGGUAUACUGAUGGCCACCAUAAUCAUACUGGCACAUCAUCAAAUACUCUAUUCCAAAGCAAUUAGGAGUGGGAAAUUAAUGUUGUAA